UAACAUUUUUAAACAAAAUUUAACAGUAAAAUUACUUUUUCUCCCUGUUGUAGGGCGGGAAGCCACAACUGGAAAUAUUAAGUAAAAUAAAUCUCCUAGAAAAUUGAAUAAAUGAAUAUUUGUCUGAUAGGGUCGAACUGCUUCAGUGUCUCAAGUUUCUUCAGUUUUAUUCUUGUUGCCAUCAACACAGUUAUCAACGUUUCCGUUAAUAACAACAAUAACAACAACAACAAUAAUAACAACAACAACGACAACAAUAAUAAUGACAACAACAUCAAUGUCAACAACUUCAUGGCUGUAAUGCCUCGACUGCUAGAUAAGGACACAGUUGAUUUUUGGCAGGUUUUAUACAGUGCAAACCAAAAAACAUUAAACACCGUUCAUCAGAUUUCUAAUGAAAGCGGGUGCAGAACUGUUGUAAAAUGUGAUGUUUUAAAGUGGAUUCAAGGAUUUCAAACUUUUAAUAAUGAGUUGGUCGAGUGGUUGGGAGAAGACUGUGACAACAAGAUAACAUGCCCUCUGCUUAUGUAAAGAAUAAUUGUUAUUUAAACAUUUUUUUCAGAAAUAUAUUUUAUCAUUUCA